AUGGAAGAAAACGAACUUGAAGAAGGAGAGGCUGGCUGUUUUCAGAAUGAUGGUGACGAUUCCACCCUUGACCCUGAUAUUGCACUCUCUUACAUUGGCGAGAAGCUCCAAAAUGUUCUUGGACAUUUUCAGAAGGAUUUUGAAGGAGGAGUUUCGGCUGAGAAUUUGGGGGCGAAAUUCGGUGGCUAUGGUUCAUUUCUACCAACUUAUCAACGGUCUCCUUCUUGGUCUCGUUUAAGGAGUUCACCUGGAGUUCAUAACUAUAGUGGGCCCAAAUUCUCAAACAAUCUGCAUUCAGAGGGUGGUAGGGAAAACUCAUUCGCUUCGACAAGUGCCUCUCUCCCUGAAAGGCCUGGAGCAACUUCAGCAAAGACUGCAACCAUCCACGAUUCUGUGGAAAGGGAGGUCUCCACCGCUUCUACACAUGCUGAAGAGCUCACUUCAAAUGUUGGCCUUGUUAAGAAGACUGGCAAUCAUUCUGAACAGAGAACUUUGAAAGUCCGAAUAAAAGUUGGUGCUGAAAAUUUGUUGACAAGACAGAAUGCUGAAAUCUACAGUGGACUUGGUCUGGAUGUAUCUCCGUCAUCUUCAUUAGAUGAUAAUCCUGUAGUUAGCGAAGGUUUAUGUUUUAACAAUCAGGAUUUGCAGGAUGAGUCUCCUACUAGUAUUCUUCAGAUUAUGACAUCAUUUCCUGCCCACGGGAGCCUUCUUUUAUCCCCUCUAUCUGAUGAUCUCUUAGAAAAAGGAAAGCUUAGUGGGGAGAGUGAAUCCAAACUCUUGCACAAAGAAACAUUGGCAAGUUCUGGAAUGUUAUUCAGUGAGUCUCUUUCUAGGAGUAAUAAAAAAGUUUUAAACCAGAAGAAAUGGAAGUCAUCUGAAAAAGAUCGAGCAUUUCCCACACAAUUGAUAAAUGAGAAGAACAAUGAUAGUCUGCUGAAGAAGGAAACUGAUAUUGACAUUUUAGGUUGUGAGGAACUUGUUUCUAAUACUCUUAAACUCCCACUUUUAUUGAGUUCGCAGCAUGGUGUUGGUGAUCGUACAAAAGUUAUUUCUAAGGAAGAUGAUAUUUCUGCUAAAGAUGUCAUGAAGGACAAAACCUGCUCUGGACCGAUAAAGAAGGAACUAUUGGGGAGUUUGUUUGCUCAAGAUACUGACAGGGUUGAGAAGUACGAUGAAGAUCUGCAUCUACCUGACAAGGUUUGGGAAAGUAAAAAAGCAAAUUUCUCGAUUGACAGCGCAGUUUGUCCACAGGAUGAUGGCCACAAAGCAGAAAAAUCUCGUUUCGAGUCGAAUUUCUGUAAGGGGAGUAAGGAUCCUGGUGCUGAAGCCACCAAUCCCUCAAAACAAUUAGCAGUUCAGAAAAAAGCAUCCCGUACUGAGGAAGGUGUGAAACUAUCUCCUGGAAAGGAGUACUUAUCUUCAGGGUCGAGGAAGAAAUCAAAAGGAGUUCGGAGUGGAGGUUCUCAAGAUUCAGAUGUUUCAAAAGAUCAGUUAAUGCUAGAUUCUUCUUUGAUGCCUAAAAAUAGGAAGAGCUCUCUUGGUAACAAUCUUACGUCUAAAAAUGGUUCAUUAGAUUAUAAGAGGAACCCUGGAAAGCCUGGAGACAGAUAUAAGGACUUCUUUGGAGACCUAGAGCCUGGGGAAGAAGAUAGUGAAUCAAUUUCAGGAGAAAUGCCUUUCUCGAGAAGGCUGAAGGACUCUCAGCUUGUUGAGAAAAGAAGUAUUGUUGACCGUCACAGUGCAUUGAAGGAGAAAAGUGAUGUUAAAAAAAUCAAAAAGCCAUCUCCCUACACUGCAGUGGCUUCAAGUGUGGCUCCUCAAACUGUAAGUGGGCCCAAUUCUGAUGCUACCCCUGCAGGAGUGGCUCCUUUCGUCCAAGAAGAUUGGGUCGAGUGUGAUAGGUGUCAACAGUGGAGACUUCUUCCACUUGGUACAAAUCCUCUGAGUCUUCCUGAUAAAUGGCGUUGUAGGAUGCUCACCUGGCUGUAA